AUGGAUCCUACAAAUACAGUUUGUCACUUAUGAGCGGAGGUUAAAGCUACAAUUUUGUCAUUUGUAUACCUUUAUCUUGUUCAGUAAUUGUUAGGCUUUAGCUUGACCCAAACAAGACCCAUGGAAAUGGGUCGGAUCAACUCUCUGAUUUCAACUUGUGCUCUUCUCUGGCUUAUUUUGGUUUUAGAAAAUGUGUCCAUUGUUUAUGGGAAUGCUGAAGGUGAUGCAUUGUAUGCCUUCAAGAAACAGUUACGCGAUCCUAACAACGUUCUGCAAAGUUGGGAUCCAACUCUCGUCAAUCCAUGUAUGUGGUAUCAUGUUACUUGCAACUUAGACAACAGUGUUACUCGAAUCGAUCUUGGAAGUGCGAACUUGACUGGCCAACUUGUUUCACAACUUGGUCAGCUUAGGAAUCUGCAGUACUUGGAGCUAUACAAUAAUAACAUAAGCGGAAAAAUUCCUCAACAUCUUGGGAACUUAACGAGCUUAGUAAGCUUGGAUCUUUUCAGAAACAAGUUAGAAGGUCACAUUCCGAAAACAUUGGGCAAGCUUCAGAAACUUCGCAAUCUUCGUCUCAACAACAACGAUUUGACAGGAAAUAUUCCAUAUUCAUUAACUACCAUAACUACACUACACGUUCUUGAUCUAUCAAACAAUAAUUUGAGAGGAUAUGUUCCCAACAAUGGCUCCUUUUCACUAUUCACACCUAUCAGUUUUGCCAAUAAUCCAAAGUUGAUACUUCCUGUGGUUGUUCCUCUUCCUCCAGCCCCAGCCCCUGCCCCAGCUCCACUGAACUCAUAAUCUCGUUCGAGUAUUUCAUGUUGUGUUGUUACUUUACGACCAUGAGUGUUGGUCAUUUCCAUAGCGAUUCUUAUACUUCAAUUACACCUAUUAUUCCAAACACUAAAGUGCAAAUUUGAGCUAUCUAAUCCAACAGUGAACAGAGCUAAGAUAAUGUUGGUGAACUAUUUAGUA